AUGGACUUCUUGUCUUCUACUAUUGCCCCUAUCCACCGACUUCCAAACGAAUUGUUGGGUCAGAUUCUACUCUCGUGCCGCAGAGAGCAAGGGCGCAAUCCUUGGAAGCUUGGAUCCAUCGAUUCACGCACACGGAAUAUCGUUAUCUCGACUCCGUUAUUCUGGAUAACCCUCCAUGUAGGCUACAUUCACGGUCAGCGCUUCAACUUUGAGUCUCUUAUAGAAAAACUCCGCAUGCAACUCCGACGCUGUGGCCCAGUCCUACCAUUGACCGUUUUCUGGGUCACCGUCGCCACUGAGCAUCAUAUAUCGCGGUUGCUCUGGCUUUUCAUCGAGGAGAAUGCGCCACUAGACCGUUGGGAAGCGCUCACGGUGAAAGCUCAAGGGGUAUUUCCAGCCUCAAUGCUCACGGAGAACAGACUAGGAGAAUUUGCAAACUUGAAGGUGUUGGCGAUUGCGGGUACACAUCCUCACUUUUUCUUCCACCAUCUCGAAAAGACGCGGGAUCUUGGAAAUCUCAAAGAAGUUUCCGUCGGAGUAGAUACUCUCCCGUAUGAAAAGCUCGUGAGCGCUCUCCCGCGAGUCAUGGGCGCGACCAAGAGUCUGACAUUGAACUCAUCCGGGGACUUUACUACAAGCCUGCCAUCAAAUAUAAUGGUCCUCAAAUGCUUCACAUUGUUUAAUCGAAGCCCGUUUCCCCAUCUCAAAGAACUCUCCGUCAUAUUAUGCUCCAUCCGUCUCCAUCCCUUGGACAUACCAUGUGUAACGCACCUCGAAAUCUACUUUAACCUCUCCUGGAACCUCGAUACCGUGCUCGAGUUUCCAGCGCUGACAUCCCUGGUCCUCGAGUGCGCAAAAAACGAUCUCCGACCACUCACGUGGUUCGCAGCGCCUAAUAUCACUUUCUUCAAGCUCAAGCUCCCGGCGUUUUCCAACUCGCUUUCCCACCCUGGCGCGCCUCCUAUCACGCAGCUCAACUUUCUCACUUAUCCGCGCGUCGCAAAUUUACAAAUUAAGAUUCCAUUGGACCUGGAGGAACUUUGUGCACUAUUACCUCGCUUUCCUGCGACCAGCGACAUGGUCAUCCCUCUCAACACAUCUGGCCGUGAGAGCAUGGACACUGUCUUGCUCGACUUGUUGACAGAGUGUAACUCUGUGGAAAGCAAACAGGAAAGCGAGGUGGACGUUCAUGAAGCGGACUGGAAGGACAGGCUGCGCCAUAGGUUUCCUGAUAGUGAAACAGUCAGUGAAUUGUUUGGCGCCGACUUGCUCUUGGCCACGACAGAGGUAAUCGUAAUGGAUCUCUCAUGUCCUAAUGGCCCUUUCGCGGCUCCAAUCCACCGCCUUCCGACUGAGCUUCUGCGUCUGAUUCUCCUCACAUGUCAGCAAGAGAAGAUCUGCAAUGCUUGGAAACUUGGAUCCAUCGAUUCGCGCACACGGAAUAUCGUUAUCUCAACUCCGUUAUUCUGGACAACCCUCCACGUCAUCUAUAUCCAGCACCCGCGUUUCAAUUUCGAAUCUAUUAUUCAGAAACUACGUUUGCAACUCCAACGCUGUGGUCCCGUCCUGCCAUUGACCAUCUUUUGGGUGACCAUCGCUACUGAGCAUCAUAUAUCGCGAUUACUCUGGCUCUUUAUUGAGAACGAAGCGCCAUUCGACCGUUGGGAGGCGCUUACGGUGAAAGCGCAGGGAGUCUUUCCGAGCCCAAUGCUCGCAGAGGGCAGACUGGGAGAAUUUACAAACUUGAAGGCGCUGGGGAUUGCGGGUACGCAUCCUCACUUCUUCUUCCAUCAUCUAGAAAAGACGCGGAAUCUUGGAAAUCUCAAAGAGGUUAUCAUCGCCCAGGACUCUCUCCCAUACGAAGAACUAUCGAGAGCUCUACCGCGAGUCAUGGGCGCAGUCAAGAAUCUCAAUCUAAAGGGAUCCUCCACAUUUUCCACUGGUCUCCAACCAAACGUGACUGCCCUCCAAUGCGAAACACUGCUCAAUCACUGCCCCUUUCCCCACCUGAAAGAACUGUCCGUCAAAGUAUGCUCCAUCCGCCUCAACCCCUCGGACAUACCGCGCGUAACGCACCUCGAAAUCCACUUUAGCCUCUCCCGGCACGUCGACACCAUAGUCGAAUUCCCAGCGUUGACGUUUUUAGUCCUCGAAUGCGCACGAAAUGAUCUCCGACCCCUCACGUGGCUCGCCGCGCCUAAUAUCACUUUCUUCAAGCUCACCCGCUCGACGCUGUCCGAAUCGCUUUCCCGCCCCGAUGCGCCUCCUAUCACUCGACUCAACCUUCUCACUUAUCCGCGCGUCACUGAUUUGCAGAUUGAGAUUCCACUGGACCUAGAAGAACUGGGUGCACUGUUACCUCAUUUUCCUACUACUAGAGAUAUGAUCAUCCCGUUUAACGUUUCUGCUCUGGAAGGGUUGGAUGUCGUCUUAUUCGACUUGCUAGCAGAUUCUGGCCUCGAUCAAAUAGACCAACCAAGAGGAAUUCGAUACAAGGAGCUCGAAGGGGUUGUCCUGUUAUCCUCAGGCAAGACCGACGUAGACGAAGCGGACUGGAGAAAGGGUUUGAUAAGUAGAUUUCCCACUAGCAAGCUCCGAUAUCUGAGAAUUGUACCACUUUAA